AGAAACCGGGGAUUAUACAUGGGUGACACAGAAGAGGAAAAAAAUGUCUAUAUAAAUGUUAUCCGCCACAAUUAUACUAAAUAACUACCCGUACAAGUGUUAGACAUUUAGAUUACAAACGUUUGUAUUUAAAUAGAUAAAUGUAUAUGUGAGGGUACAACUUCGACAAGCUUUGGCUUCAAUACGGAAGCUGAACUUUGAAUACUCGGCUGUAAACAGCCGUGGUAUCUGUACGGGUUACUGCAGUUACAUUUAGUGGAUAUUAAAUCGGUGACCUUUUUUUUUGUUCGGUGCAGCGGACAGCUACCGGAUGUUUUACACAACAAAUAAAUUGGAUUAUAUCUGUUACCACUAAUUUAUUUUGCACGUUUAGCUACUGUACUGCACGUUUUGCGAAACUAGCAGAAACCGCAGCAGAAGACUUUAAUUUGUCGUCACAAUCUGACUGUCGUCGAUUUUAUUUUCUUUAAGCCAGACCUUUGGACACUGACGAAAUUCACACCGAGUUAAGAAUAUUUAGACUUUUAACACUAUAAUUCCGAGAGGCGAGUUAAAUAAGGUAACGCGUACUGGCACUGCACUGAAAACUGAAAGUUGAUGUCCAACACGUUUAUUUAUUUUUAAGCAAUAUUAAUAAUUUGCAAGAGACAUGAUCAUUUUGGUUCCUAUCCGUUCACUUCUGCUUCUGACUCUGUGUCUGAGCGGCCGCCGUGGUUUCGCCUCGGCACCAGAGCACCGGGAAGCGCCGAAGAAAAUAGCGGUGGUGGGCGCGGGGAUCGGGGGCACAGCCACUGCCUACUACCUGCGGAAGGAGUUCGGGCCAGAUGUGAAGAUCGACGUCUUCGAGAACGGGGUGGUGGGGGGCCGGCUGGCCACCGCCAAGAUCGGGGGGGGCGAGUACGAGACGGGGGGCUCCAUCAUUCACCCCCUCAACCUGCACAUGAAACACUUCGUCGAUCAGCUGGGCCUGUCCCAGCGCCAUGACGUGCCCAGCCGCAUGGCCAUCUUUGACGGGCAGCAGCUGGUUUUCGAGGAGAGCGACUGGUUCAUCGUUAACUUCCUGCGCAUGCUGUGGCGCUAUGGCUUCAACUUCAUACGGAUGCAGAUGUGGGUGGAGAGCAUCCUGGACAAGUUCAUGAGGAUUUACCAGUUCCAGCAGUUCGGCUACUCCUUCUCCAGCGUUGAGCGUCUCCUGCAUGCAAUGGGCGGGGGCGAAUUUCUGCGCCUGACCAAUCAGACGCUGGACGAGGCCAUGCGGGGGGCGGGGUUUUCGCAGCAGUUUCUGAAUGACAUUGUCACCCCGAUUACCCGGGUCAACUACGGCCAGAGUGUCAAGAUCAACGCCUUUGUGGGCGUGGUGUCGCUCGCAGGCGCGGAGUCCGGACUCUGGGCAGUUGAUGGCGGGAAUAAACUGGUGUGUGUGGGGCUCCUGCAGCACAGCAGGGCGCAGCUCAUCCAGGGCAAAGUCAGCUCCGUCACCAUCAAGCCACGGCCUCUGAGGACGGGUGGCUCGGUGUCUCUGUACGAGGUGAACUACGCGACCGAAUCGGGCACGGCUCACAACCUCUAUGACAUUGUGAUCAUUGCUACGCCGCUGCACAAGGACAAAUCGGACAUCUCCUUCCCCAACAUCACCCCGCCGGUCCCGAGCCACUUCCCGGGUCGCUACCACCAGACCGUGGCCACACUGGUGCACGGCCGCAUAAACGUGUCCUACCUGGGGGUGAAGGGACCUGCUUCUGCAUUCUGGAUGUCCGACAUCCUCACCAUGGAGCACGAGGGGCUGGUGCUGAACAGCCUCAGCUCGCUGGACCCUGUGCACAUACCCCAGGGGUACAAGAGACCCCCGGCCAGCCUGCCGAACGUGUGGAAGGUGUUUUCGGGGAAGCGGCUCAGCAAGGAGCAGCUCGGGUCCGUGUUCCUGCAGUGGGACGAGAUUUCGGAGGUGCCCUGGCUGGCGUACCCCUCCUACAGCCCCCCGCAGCGGCUGCCGCCCAUCGUGCUGCACGAGCGCCUGUACUACCUCAACGGCAUCGAGUGGGCGGCCAGCGCCAUGGAGAUGAGCGCCAUCGCUGCGCGCAACGUCGCCCUGCUGGCCCACCACCGCUGGCACGGCAUGACGCACCAGAUCGACCAGGAGGACCUGCACACCCGCCUCCGGGGGGAGCUGUGAAGAGCGAGGGCCACUCAGACCCCAGCCCUUGAAGAUCACAGCAGCGCAAAAAUGACCACUGUACGCGAGGAGAAAUGAUUGGACUCAACGACUUCUCUUUGAAACAUGACGGGGCAGUGGAUCUUUGGAACCAGGACUCUACAUGCAUGGCUCAGACUCUCUGGAAUGCCUGGCUGGAGGAGGAGGGAUUAAUUCAAGUGCUGAUUCAAACAUGCAGGGAGAAACAAAAUGUUCAGGGAUAACUACGGAUUGGGCCUAGGGGGCCAGAUCUUGAAGUUUUUACAGCUCUCUUUAACCUCUUAUAUACUAAAACCCCGGCGAAGAUGAGAAUUGACACGGAUCAAGUGAAAAUGGGCACGAAGCUGAGAGUGGAUAAAAAAAAGUCUCAGAACCCUGGUCCCCCAGACCUGAGCUGAGGAAACCCCCCCCAGUCUCCACAAUAGAGGAUACAGCUUUCCUAGCGCCGAAUGCCUGCUGGGCUUCUUUCAAGCUGAGCUAUCUGGUACUCAACGCUUUACCUGAACAAAUAAUGAACCUUAUUAAACCUGUCAAAAUGGUUCAGAUGUCUUAAACCAUUGCAAUUUUCAUGUUAGAUGAGACAGUUUGAGUUCUUAAAAUGCUGAUACGCAAAACAAUUAAAAUGUACAAUUACACAAAUAAUUAACUUAGUGCUCAGCUGGAAAAUAAACCUGACGACUGAAGGGUCCCCAGUGAGCAGGCCUUGAGAGACCCUGCUUAAUGACAGCAACGGUGCCAACCUACCCAGCACCUUCAGACAGCAGAAGUAAGGAACACUAAAGACCAUAUCUGAAGCAUUAUCCGUGUAUGAUGUUUUACUCAUGGCAUUUACCUGUUGCCUUAAUUAACAAAAUUCUAACUUUUAACACAAAAAUGUAGUAUAAACAACUAUAAAAAGUAUUUUUUUAAUUAACAAGUGCAAAAAAAAUGGCAAAUAAUAGCUAUACUUGACAGCCAUGGACUGCAAACCUUGGUAAAUGUAUUUUCAAUGAGGCUGUGACCUGAUUUUUCUUGUCAAUCUAAUCUUGAAGAUCUAAACAGUGCAAAAAUGACCAAUGAAUAAAAACAUGUUAAAAGUAAUCACAAUUGAAACUACA